AUGUCUCCCAACAAAACCAACUUUUGGUUAAUACUAUUUUUCUGCACUUUUAGCCAUGGUUUACAUGCAGAUAUCGUUGAUGUCGGGGUUGUUCUUGACAUGGAAUCAUGGGUCGGAAAAUCCAUUAACAGUAGCAUUACGAUGGCCAUUUCGGACUUCUAUGCUCGUAAUGAUAGUUACAGAAGCAAGAUAGCCCUCCACCCUAGGGAUUCCAAGGGAGAUCCACUAGAAGCUAUGUCAAACAUUGUUGAUCUCCUGAAUACAGUGAAGGUGAGUGCAAUCAUAGGCCCAGAAACGUAUAUCGGCUCAAAACUAGUGACCGACGAGACCAAGGUGCCUAUAUUUACUUUUGCUGGUAAAUCCUCAAUGCAACAUCCUUACCUUUUUCAAAUUAUAGAAGACGAAUUCGCUAUGACCCAAGGCAUUGCUGCCCUGGUACAACUAUUUAAAUGGAGGGACCUUAUCUUUGUUUAUGAGGACACUGAUCAUGAGCACAACAUCUUAGAGCAUCUGUUCGAAUCGUUUCAAGACAAAAACAUACGAAUCACUUACAGAAGUGCCAUUUCGGCAUCUGCAACAAAUGAUCAAGUCAUUGAAGAGUUGCGCAAGCUAAUGAGCAUCCAAACAACCAUAGUUAUUGUACACGUGUCACCUUCGUUAGCAUCUAGCAUUUUCCUAAAUGCAAAGAUGUUGGGAAUGAUGAGUAAAGAAUAUGCAUGGAUCUUAACGCCGAAAACCAUUGAAAUAAUGCAUUCAACAGAAUUCCAAGUUAUUGAAUCACUACAAGGGGCGAUUGGUUUUCGGCCUUAUAUUCCAAUGUCGAGUAAGAUGCAUGACUUGUCAAAGAGAUGGCGAAAUGGGUCCUCGAGAGAGCUACCUACGCUUGCCAUAUGGGCGUACGACACAGUUUGGGCCCUUGCGGAGUCUAUAGAGAAGGUUGGAGCCGGUUCUAUGAUUUUAAGUGAGAUCGUAAAUAUUGAAUUCAAGGGUGCAAGUGGCGAGUUUCGACUUAGUGGAAAUAAACUGGUCUCCAAUGGUUUUGAGAUCAUAAAUGCGGUCGACCAUGGAGAAAGAAAAGUUGGACAUUGGACAGUAUCGAACGGAAUUAGAAGAGCUCAUUUACCACUCCAUGACGCUGCGCCGCAUUCUAGUAGUAACAUAGAAGAUGUUAUUUGGCCUGGAGGAUCUACUGUGACUCCAAAAGGUUGGAUUUCGCGAAUGAAUGUCGGGAAAACGUUAAGGAUCGGUGUCAGAACAGGUCCAAGUUUUAACUACUUUGCAGAUGCAUAUUAUGAUGCUCAGAAGAACAGGACAACUGCUACCGGGUUCUCUGUUGAUGUUUUCAACACUUGUCUCCAUGCAUUACCAUAUGAAGUGUCUUACGAACUUGUCCCAUUUGCGAGUGGAAGUUACGACGAUCUUAUAAACAAGGUUUAUAAUCAGCAACUCGAUGGUGUUCUUGGAGAUUCAACGAUCCUAGCCAGUAGAUCUCAGUAUGUCGACUUCACGGCAACUUACACUGACGUUGGUAUAGGGACACUAAUCCGAAUCAAAGAAAGAGACUCUUGGCCAUGGGGAUUCUUGAAGCGAUUUGAUGCGGAUUUAUGGCUAACUUAUGCUGUUUUUGGCAUCCUAGCCAUCUUAUCUGUAUGGGCUAUUCCAGCUGUGAAUCAAUUCGAACAUGAAAGAAGACUAGCUCAACAAAUUAAGACCAUUGCGGUUCUUGUCUUAUUGAGCAUCUUUUUCGCUCAAAGGAGGAGAUUGUUAAAGUACCUGUCAGUAUCUGUGAUGAUCGUUUGGUUUGGACUGGUGGCUUUCUUGUUUAAACAAAGUUAUAGGGCAACACAGGCAUCACUAACGUCGGUUGAAAAAGUUGAAUUAGCAUUAAAACAGGGAGUUGUUGGCUUUCAUGGUGGUUCUUUAUUUGGCGAUUUGAAACUUAGUUACAAUAUGAAAAACUCAUAUCAUUCAUACGAGGAUUACGAUGAUGCGCUAUCAAGAGGGGGAAAGCAUGGUGGUGCAGAUGCCAUUGUUGAUGAAGUUCCAUACAUCAAGAUGUUUCUUAGGAGGUACCCACAUGACUAUGCCAUGGUGUUGUCUAAACCUAUUACUUCUGGUUUUGGCUUUAUCUUUGCAAAAGGUUCGCCUUUGGUAAUAGAGAUGUCGAGGGAAAUUGCAAAAAUAAGAGAAGACGGGACUCUAAUGAAGUUGGAGAUGGAGUGGUUUGGGAAAGACUUCUCUUUAGCAUUCCCCACCAUGGUGGAACCCCCUAACCUUGUUAGAUUUUGGGGUCUGUUUAUUGUUAUUGGGGUCUCUUUGGCUUUAGCCCUUAUGGUCUUAGCACUCUACUUGGUUCGCGCAAGGAUGGACCUCGAGACCAUAAUUACAUUCCUAGUGGGACAAAGUUUAGUAGCUACAACUGUAAAUCUUUGGGUUAAAAUUUCAAACCGAGCAGGACGCGCCGACUUCUAUCUCCAGGAUAGACUAAUUCGCCUAUAUAAUUUUUUCAACGAAUAAUUGUUUGUAAACUUUUAUCGCUUACAUCGUGUUAUGUGAAGAUUUAUGACAUAUGCAAUAU